CGCGCAACUCAUCGUCGAUCUUCUUUUGCUUCAACAUGAACUCCGAAGCCAUAGACCUCUCCAAAUUUACUCGCCCAGCCGUUUUGUGCCAGUGCUCCCGAUGUCUGAGCUCUCUGGCGGUCCUUGAGAACGAAUGGGUGAAGCUGUCGAACUCAUAUUCCGUUGUCUCUGGAUGGUUGAGCUGCCAACUUCAGCGGAUCUCAAUCUCUACCGAAAAGAAGCAGAUACCUCAGUCGUCCGAGUUGAGCCUUAUACGUGGACGCAUUGUACAGGAGAUCGGGUGCAAAUUGUGCCAUCAGAAACUCGGCGCUCUAUGCGCUCUGGACAAUGGUCCGAAUAUUUUCUGGAAGCUGCCGAAAGUCUCCUUGCUCGAAAUCGUCACUAUGCGCCCGGUCGAGCCCGUAUUUAAAGAAGGGGCUGGCGUUCUCGAAGAUCUUCUAUUCCCCAAACCCAAAGCAAUCGGUUUCGGGGCGGAUGGGCCAUCUUCUCGUCCAGGACCUCUAAUCUCAGUGGGCUCGAAUGACAACCGCGAAAUCUCCGUGGAACACCAUAUCCAGCAGCAAGGUCAAAGCCUCGACCAUAUCUCCAGCUCAGUCAGUACUUUACACGAUACGAUGCAUGAGCUUAAGAAUGCAUUUACCGCCAUGCGCAUUGAGCUAAAUGGACCAAACCGUUUCUUAAACGAACAAGACUUGGCGAAUACAGAUUUCAACAUGGUCACCACAGUGUUGAAGGAACUAAAAUCGAAGGCGGAUGAGAUUGAGAAGUUGAAACUGGAGAUUGAGGCAUUAAAGCUCCGUAAUCGCUUUGUGGAAGAGCACACGGCAAGGCAGACCCAACAUUCCUUAGUCGUUGAGGCACCUCUUCCAGAAGUCAGAUCCCCAGGACUUCUUCAGGGUAGCAGAAAGCGGCCGUUUCCCUUCCCAGAGCACUACAAUGGUGUUCGCGAAAGACCAGCCUCAGACUCUUUUGAUGAGGAGGACGUCCUCGAAGACAAUUUAGCCGGGUUCUCUCUGACAGAGUCGAGCAUACCCUCUGUGAAGAUUCCGCUGAAAGACCAUGAAACUACCAGAGAACCAGUUCAUGAAUCAUCUCCUCGAUUACAGAUCGGAGUUGACAACUCGACAUACCAAACGCCACAGUCCCUUCCUUCCGACGAACCUGCUGUGAAACGGCCUCGACUCUCAAGCGAAGUCUCGGUUUCCAACAAAAGGCCAAGGGGCCGACCGUCCCGAAAAUCGCUCAGCCAAGCAGACUCAACGCAGAACCCAGGACCAAGACUUCCAGACGAACAAGGCAGCAGCAGCAAAAAUCCCCAAGCUACGCCCAAUAUCGAGCAAAAACCUAUGGAAGACCUCUCAGCCCGUUCGCACAGACUACGCAGCCGAUCACGGGCAGCGUCCCUGAGCACAAGAAACCAGUUGUCAACGGAAAAUGCAGACAAAUCACAGCAAGACUCAACCACAUCCUCAGAGCCAUCUACGCAAUUAGCUGUGCAACUAGGCAAGGAAAAUGCCGAACUAGAAUUUACCAGACUUAAAGCUGAUGAGGGCAAGAGAACAAAAGCCGAAAUGAACGAAAAGCGAAAGGCGCAGGCCGCUGCGCGUGAUAACAUGGUCAAACUGGCUAUGCAGCGCGAAGAAGCUAUGGAUACGGAGGAGGCCCGGUAGCCAACCCUCCCUGGCAUAGCCUAUUCUAGCCUUGAGAUAUUAUCCACAUUUACUUCUAUUUACGAUGUAUUAUAGUACUCGACUGAUGAAACAUAUUGGCUAGCUUUGCGCGCCAUGUUCUGGUA